UAAGUGCUAAACAACAGCAGCGCAGUUCGGAGCUUCACCGCGACCAAAAACACAAUUUUAAACAUCUUAUUUAUAUAGAAAUACAGCUUGAACCCCGCUGUGAAUAUUUAAAAACAGAAGACAGCUUUAUGCGGUGAUGUUCAGUUUUGCUGAUCUUAUCUUCAUGGAUGGAUCAUGAACUGAACUGUACAGAGGCAUUUUGGAUGCAACCCUGCAGAAGUCUGCAGAUAAACUGCUCAAGCUGUAAUGAUAUGAAACCCACAAGUGGUGGAUUGGCAUUUUGUUUUCUUACAUGAGGAGGGUUGAGGCUGGAAUGACCACGUCGCAGAGACCUCAGAGCUCCAGGCCUAAAGCUGGACACUCUGAUAUGGAGUUCCAGACCCCGGCUGUGUUGGAGAAGUCCCAGAGCCGCUUUGGCUGGAGACCCAACAGAGCUGAUAGUGCUGACACCGGGCUGGGCACCACGACCUCUGACAGCGCAGAAGAGUUGUGCAGUUCCAGCAGCAGUCCAUCCUUCCAGCCAAUCCGGAGUCAGAUUCCCAUCCCCACGGCUCAUGUCAUGCCGUCCACGGCCGGAGUCACGGCCGCCUCGGCUCGCUCCAGUUCCUCCAGCUCCAAAUCCUCCCUGUCCAAAUCAGCAUCGUCCCCGAACCUGGAGGUGCAGGGCGGGGUCACGGCAGAGGGGAGUGGAGUUAAACAGGACUGCCUGAGCCGCUACCGCAGCCUUGUCAACGGACUUGAUCAUUCGCUCUUCCCCAUGGCCGAUCACACCCGGCUAGACGAGGAGCACCACUUCGAGACCCCAGCCAUGGAGCCCACUCUAAACCAGUCCGGCUUGCUGGGAGGUCUGCUGGGAGGAUACAGCCCGGACGUGCGGAUGCAGCUGCACAUGACCGGCCUCGGGGACAGCGCCGAAUGUCGGACUGAUGGAUACUCUGGCAUUUUAGAACAGACUUUUAAGAUUCUUCCUGAAGCCAGAACAGGAAUCCCCUGCUCCUCAGACCCCUGUGGUAAAAGGAGCGUCCCACCGGUCCCGGCGCACACUGUAGAUCCGUCAGGCUGGCAGCAACACAAACAGAAGCUGGAGAGUCUCCGUCUGCAGGUGGAGCAGAUGCAGUUAAUGACCGGCGGGAGCAGUCAGUACCCCUCACUGUACCCGUCAGCUCUACAGACUGAGAGUAAAUGGGAGGCGGUGGUGAAGGCAAAUGAAAAUCUGCUUAAGGAGAAGGAGCUCAUCAUCGAGAGGCAGAAGCAGCAGCUGUGUCAGCUGGAGCAGCGUCUCCGAGAGAGCGAGGUACAGAUUCACUCUGCUCUGAUGGGCCGCGGAGCUCCAUUCACCGACAUCUGUAUGUUACGACUACAGGAGGCUCAGCGUGAGAACGCUUUUCUGCGCUCUCAGUUUGCGGAGUGCAGCGACUCGCUGGCUCAGGAGAAGGUUGAGGCGGAGCGGCGCCUGGCUGCCGUGGAAACGGAAACCCACCGACUGAGCGAAGUGCUGAAGGAGAGCAAGGAAAAGCAUACAGAGGAGCUCAAGAAGCAGGAGGAGAGGAUCCGAAAUCGAGACAAGCACAUCAACAGCCUGAAGAAGAAGUGUCAGAAGGAGUGCGAGCAGAACCGUGAGAAACAGCAGCGUAUCGAGACCCUUGAGCGCUACCUGGCUGACCUGCCCACCAUGGAGGACUACCAGAGCCAGAGGAAGCAGCUGGAAGCCGCGGAGCAGAAGGUGGGUGAGCUGCAGGCUGCGGUGUUGGAGCUGCAGACCCAGCUGGAGGAGAGCCGGUCAGCCAAUCGCAGUAAAGACAGCCAGCUGGAGGAGCAAAGGCGCAGAGAGAGAGAGCUGCUCAACACAGUCACCAGUCUCCAGGCUAGAGUGCAGGAGAGCCUGGAAGAUGGCGCUAGGUUACCAUCUCUGGACAUUGAGAGGCUCAGAGAGGAGAAUGUGGCUCUGAAGGAGGAGCAGCAGAAACUCAAAAAGGUUAUUGAGAAGCAGUUGAGGAUGAUGGAACAGCUGGGCUCACAGAUCAGGUUUAUUCAGAAUAUGCAGCAGCACCUGAGUGAGGAGGAGAGCAGCGGUCAGGCUCUGAGAGACGAGCUGGACGCUAAAGAGAAGGAGCUGCUGCAGUUACACUCUGCAGUGAAGGAGCUCUCUGUACAGAAUCAGGAUCUGAUGGAGCAGACUGUGACUCUGCGGGAGCGGCUACAGGCCACUGCAGGGUCCGGUGAUGGAUGUGUCCGGUGGGAAGCCGACUGCAGCCUGCAGCCGGCGGAGGUCCAGCUCACCCAGAAGCUCUAUAGAGAGAUGGAGGCCUGUCUAAGUGACCUCCGCUCCCUCUGCAGCGUCCUCACCCACACUGCGCAGGGCCAAGACCCCAACCUGUCCAUGCUGCUGGGCAUCAGCUCGGCACCUGCAGUGUCGGAGCAGAGUGAGGACUGGCUCAGCCCUGCAGUUCUGCAGAGGAAACUGCAGGAGGCACUGCAGCUCCGCCGAGACGUGGAGGCACUGAGGACCACCGUCUCUGACCGCUACGCCCAAGACAUGGGCGAAAACUGCACCACCCAGUGACCCUCAACCAAGAGCAUAUUCAGUCCAUGGUUCUUCCUCUGAACGGACCUUUUAGGCUCCACAGCUUUGUGCCUUCAUUCAGAACCACCAGGAACGCAGAGCAGGUUCAGUUCACACUGUUUCCUCUCAAAGGGCUAGCAGUGCUAACGCUGAGGCUAAUGCUAAUGACACUACAUCGGCUUAUUUUUAUAUAAAGGUCAUAAUAUUGCUAUUUUUCUAAAUUCUUCAUCAGACUGGCGUUUGUUUUCUUGUUGUGCAGUGUUCAUGAUCAUUCCCAUGUGUUGGGGAACGAAUGUGAUGUGGUUGACAAUCAACUGAAAAUAAUUUGUAAUCUUUCUUUGUUUGAUCUGAGGAACGUUUGUUUUAUGUCUUUGGUCCGUCAUCUCAGAUGAACAUGAGCUGGAGGGCGAACACUACCUGCCGUAGUCUCACCUGCGCUGAGGAGAAACGUGGUUGUGCUAAACCAACACGCAUUAAAAUCCACAGACAUGCCUGCACCUGUAAUUUCAGCUAGAAUAACUUCAUUAAUGAUAAGCUUUUUUGUUUUUAAUCCGAACAUUCCAUCACAUUUAACAUACAUAGACAUCAAAUGUGUGAUUUUAAACCUUCAUAAUUAGAGGGCUCUAAGGUGACAUGGUGGUUUAUUUUAAUAAGGCGUGGCCACAAAUUAAUAUAUCGAGGCCAUGAGUUAAUAUUGAGGCCACAAGUUACUAUAUUGAGGCCACAGGUUCAUCUAAUGAGGCCACUGUAUUGAGGCCAGGAGUUACUAUAUUGAGGCCACAAAAUAAUAUAUUAUGGCCACAAAUUACAAUAUUGAGGCCAAAGUUACUACAUUAAGGCUCCCAUGUAUUAUAUUAAGGCCACAAGUUCAUCUGCUGAGGCCAGAAUUUACUGUAUUGAGGCUACAAAGUAAUGUAUUGUGGCCACAGAUGACUAUAUUGAGGCCAUGAGCUGCUAUACCAUAUUGACGCCACAAUUUACUGUAUUGAGGCCACGAGGUAUUAUAUUGAAGCUACGGUUUACUACAUUGAGACCAUGAGGUAUUAUAUGGAGGCCACAAGGUAACACAUUGAGGCCACAGAUUAUGAGAAACGUAACUCAUGGCCUCAAUAUGUUAAUUUGUGGCCAUGCCUUAAUGAAAAACAAUCACCCUGUCACCUCUGGAUCCGUACAGAACAACAUGACUCAUUAUUCACUAUGAUCUACACUUUUGAUAUUAAAUAACAUAACACUGACUAAAGUAAAGCAAAAAAUCUGAUAUGCUUCCCCCACCGAGCUCAGACGUAGUCAGUCAGCUCAGACAUGUUUGGGGUCUGAACUUACUUUAGUUUUAGCGUUUGAGCUACAAUGCUAAUGUAGCUGACGAGUAAUAUGAGCUUAUGUCAGCUGGUUAGCUUAUAGCAAGUCUCUUAAAGAUUAUUAACCAUUUGAGGCGAGCGUGUGAUGAUUCAGGCCCACAGUUAGCACCAUGCUAACCUAGUGAGCUAUAAGCGUCUGUUACUUGUUAGCUACGUUCGCCUCGUAGCUAAAGGCGCAAACUUCAGAAAGCAGACCUGUCCUGGCUGAUCAGCUACAUUUGAGAUCAUUUGAUUUUUAAGGGUAACAGCUGCUGAUGUUGGCUGUUCAUUUACUUUUUGGGAAAAAAAACUUUUUUUUUUGCACACAGAUGUGGUCGUGUUGCAUUUCAUGUUGGCGCACAGAGCGUUUUGGUGUCUGUUUGUAAAUGUUUUCAUUAUCUGGUAGCAGAUGAUGUUUUCCAUUAAGAACGAAACCCUCGAUGGGGCGGUUCCACCAAGAAACGCUAACAGAGACAGAAGCUCACUGUGAUCAGCAGUAACGGCUUUCAAUCACUGUUAGCAACGUUAGCAUUCAUGGAAAGAGAGCUAGUGAAACUGCUAGCCUUUUAUUUGCAUUGACUGCAAAAAAAAAACACUACUGAAUUGAAACCAAGGCGCUGCAUUUAGAUGACAUUUCAUAUCCGAAGAGAUGGUUUUGCAUCAUAGAUGAUCUGAAAUUGUGCCUUUUCUCUGUGUGGUUAGCAUGGAUGGGUUGUGUGUCAGAAAAAGCAAUAUAUUAGCUUGUUUCAUGAAGCGACUCUUUCUCAUAGAACAGCAAGUCUUCCGUAUAGUUUCCAUGUGUAUUAAGCUGCUCCUGCUGCAUAUUUAAAUGAAAUGAGCUGGGAUUGGAUUGUACUGUGGAGGAUAAUGAUGUGAUGUGCCAUGUUUGGUCCAGAGAAACAUUUUCUGGACUAAUUGAACAUCAGAGGAGUUCAACGUUGUAAUAUUUUGUUAAACAUAACCAGCCAAGGAAGCCUAAUCGCAACACUAAAUAUGUUUAUAUAUGUAUGUUUCCAUGCCUUUUAGAAAUAAAGACUUUUUUGUGAACUUCA